AAUCUCGAAAGUGAAAAAUGCAAAACGAUGCUAAAGAUCGCUGACGAAAUGGAUGACAUCAAGUUUGGAAUGACGUCGAAUUCAGAGGUAUACAGUGCACUUGAUGUCAAAUCGGACGGCGUUGUAUUGUUUAAAAAGUUCGACGAGAAAAAGGACGUUUAUGACGGAAAAUACGAGGAAGAUAGUUUGAAAGGGUGGAUAUACGUAAACAGUUUGCCUUUGGUAAUCGACUUUAAUCAAGAGACAGCCGAAAAGAUCUUCAAAGGUCAUGUCAAAUCAAUCGUACUUCUCUUCGACAGUAAGCAACGAGAGGGCUUUGUCGACGAGGUGAAGGAGUUCGCCAAAAUUGCCCAGAAGUUCAAGCAAAAG